AGCUCUCCAGGUCGCCCACGGCCAUCCACGUACCGCGACCAUCACCUCCGCCCUCUCUUGCGCGACGAACAGGAAAGACCUUGCUCUUUGGGACCCUCCUUAAUUUUGGGGGCACCGAUCUGGCUACUGCGCACCGCGUUCCGCUUGCUGCGCGCGACUGAUGGCAUUGAACCCGCACACAAUCCUAUAGUUCGCUCUUUUCGCCUCCGCACCGGGAUCACAAUACCACUUCUUCGAUAUCAACUUUGCUGAGCUGGCCUUGCGACGACCCUUCACCAUGCUUCCCAGGAUGUUCCACGCCUGCGUGGAGUACUGCAGGGCAAGACGUCUCACAGGCCGUCACCUGCUCUUUGCCACCAUCGGUUGUGUCUUCGUGAUAACACUCUACUAUUCUACCCUGCAGAACACAGUGUCUAGCAGCGAGAUAUGGCGGACCAUACGACCAGUCUCUACGACCCCGCCUCAUGUGUGGAAGCAGAGAGCCGAAGCGGUCAAGAACGCUUUCCGUCAUGCUUACAAUGGUUAUGAGAGACAUGCCAAACCUCAUGAUGAGUUGCGACCUCUGACCAAUGGAACGAAGGACAACUUCAACGGAUGGGGAGUGUCCUUGUUCGACUCCCUUGACACCAUGAUCAUGAUGGGUUUGAACGACGAGUUUGCACGAGCCUUGCCCGUCGUGUCCAGAGCGACUUUCGAGACGAAUGCUCCUGUGACAAACCGGCAUGUGGGAUACGCACCGUUCUUCGAGACCGUCAUUCGUUAUCUCGGAGGGCUCCUCUCCGCAUACGCGCUCUCGCGUGAACCGCUACUACUCCAGCGCGCAGACGACUUGGGCCGAAUGCUCUCUCCUGCCUUCGACACGCCGAGUGGAUUCCCCGCUUUCGGCGUCGACACUGUCACCGGUGAGACCGUCGGCGGAGCCUCGGGCGUCCUAGCGGAGAUCGCUACCUGCCAAGUCGAAUACGCCUACCUCGCGUUACUCACAGGCAACAAGAUGUAUUGGGAGAAUGCGGACGUGGUCAUGAAAGGCCUAUGGAAGGCAAAUGUGACCAGACUUGGCGGUAUGCUUCCGAGGCGGUGGAACCUGGCCACUGGAAACCCCGGAGACGAAUUCCUCAGCGUAGGAGCUGCAGCAGACAGCGCACACGAGUACUUACUGAAACAGUAUCUCUUGACCGGCAAACAAGACAAGGAAGCGUUACAAUUAUACCUUCGCGCAACAAACCACAUCUUUACCCACAUGCUAUAUCUCUCGGAGGCACGCGACCUGCUCUACGUAACAGAUACCAACCGCAACUUCAUUCCUAGCCAUAACUUCGAGCAUCUAUCGUGCUUCUUGCCCGGCCUGCUCGCGCUCGGCGCCGACCAGCUCGAUCUCUCCCUUGACGAUCUGGAUUACGAGACCCUCGGACCAGUCGGCCAGCAAUCAUACGACAUUCUGCGCAACUACGACCUGCGGGCGCUCCACCGCUGGGCAGCGGAGGGCCUUGCAACGACAUGCUGGCUCUUGUACGAGGAGCAGCCAUCCGGGCUUGGCCCCGACGUCGUGCACUUCCAACCGAAGGUGGGCGAAUGGCCUGCCCGUGGUUCGCCCCCCGACCACACGGGCAAGCUCUGGGUGGAAGGGCUAGAGAAGUGGCGCAGGGGCGGUGCGCGGGGUUACCCACCUGGUCUUGGGGAGAAGAAGCCUGUGCGGCUCACCCGCGAUGAGAUCGGCAGCGCGAAGCUGCGAGCUCUCCGGGUCCCCGAGCGCGACUACGUCCUUACGCGGUCUGAGUACUUUCUGAGACCUGAGACGCUCGAGUCCAUCUACCUCAUGUGGCGGUCGACCGGCGACCCCAUCUGGAGAGAGCGGGGGUGGUCAAUCUUCGAGGCGAUCGAACGAGAGACCAAAACGGCUUCUGGCUAUGCUUCGUCGAAGAAUAUUUUGCUAUCGCCGACGCUGCUGGACGACGAUAUGCCGAGUUACUUCCUCGCCGAGACGUUGAAGUAUCUGUAUCUGCUCUUCCACGAUGAAGACCUCGUGCCCCUGGACCGGUGGGUAUUCAACACGGAAGCGCACCCGCUGCCUGUGUUCUCCUGGUCCUCGUGGGAGAGGAACAAGUUCGGGAUCCCGGAGCCGUCUUCGUGAGGAUGCUCCGCCGGAUGUCUGGUAGCGGUGUGUGCGUGCCUGUCCCUCCCUCUCGAUCGCCCGACGUUCAUUUCGGCAGCAGUGGCCGCAUGGUGGUCGGCGCCAGCGGGAUGGCCCGGCGGUCAUGCGGCGCCCCGUGCCGGGUUGAGCGCAAUCCUGGAGCGAUUCACAUGUGCCUGCGGGCUGCGCGGGGCAGUCAGAUGUGGGCAUGUUU